CGGCGGCUGGGGAAGAUGCUGCAGUCCCUGGCCGGCAGCUCGUGCGUGCGCCUGGUGGAGCGGCACCGCUCGGCCUGGUGCUUCGGCUUCCUGGUGCUCGGCUACCUGCUCUACCUGGUGUUCGGCGCCGUGGUCUUCUCCUCGGUGGAGCUGCCCUACGAGGACCUGCUGCGCCAGGAGCUGCGCAAGCUAAAGCGGCGCUUCCUGGAGGAUCACGAGUGCCUGUCGGAGCAGCAGCUCGAGCAGUUCCUGGGCCGGGUGCUGGAGGCCAGCAACUACGGCGUAUCGGUGCUCAGCAACGCCUCGGGCAACUGGAACUGGGACUUCACCUCCGCUCUGUUCUUCGCCAGCACGGUGCUUUCCACCACAGGCUAUGGCCACACUGUGCCCUUGUCCGAUGGGGGUAAGGCCUUCUGCAUCAUCUACUCGGUCAUCGGCAUCCCCUUCACGCUCCUGUUCCUGACGGCCGUGGUCCAGCGCGUCACCAUCCACGUCACCCGCAGGCCUGUCCUCUACUUCCACCUCCGCUGGGGCUUCUCCAAGCAGGUGGUCGCCAUUGUCCAUGCCGUUCUCCUCGGGUUUGUCACUGUGUCCUGCUUCUUCUUCAUCCCGGCAGCCGUGUUCUCUGUCCUGGAGGAUGACUGGAACUUCCUGGAAUCUUUUUAUUUUUGUUUCAUUUCCCUGAGCACCAUUGGUCUGGGGGAUUAUGUUCCUGGAGAAGGCUACAAUCAGAAAUUCAGAGAGCUCUAUAAGAUCGGGAUCACAUGUUACCUGCUACUUGGCCUUAUUGCCAUGUUGGUAGUUCUGGAGACCUUCUGUGAACUCCAUGAGCUGAAGAAAUUCAGGAAAAUGUUCUACGUGAAGAAGGACAAGGAUGAGGACCAGGCACACAUCAUAGAGCACGACCAGCUGUCCUUCUCCUCCAUCACAGACCAGGCAGCCGGCAUGAAGGAGGACCAGAAGCAGAGCGAGCCUUUCGUGGAUGCUCAGUCACCCGACUGCUCUGAUGGCUCCGUGAACCAUUAAGCUUAGGGCUUUGCUACAUCGCCCUGGAGCUCCGGGGCAGGGAGGGACAAGAUUAUUUUUGUUCGUUUUUAUAAGAAUGUAAAAGCUGAGGUGGUGUUUUUACGAAUAUAUGUUGUUUGCAAUAUAUAUUUAAAAAAGGAAGAUUUUACUCUGGAGGAAUGUUAAAUAUCUGAAGAAAUGCAAUAGGUUCCUAUGACAAAGUUAUCUAGACUUAUAAGUGAAAAAAUACUUGAAUGCUGCUAUGGAUAGAAGCAGAUUUUAUACUUUAAAUUGGGGACUUUGGGGUUUACAUUUAAAUCAGUUAGCUGGUGGCUCAAUAGCAACAUUUAUAUUUACAAGCAAGAAAAGCAUAGAGAUGUGUUUUAUAAAUAAGUUUAUGUGUACUGGCUUGCAUGUGCCCAAACAAAAUCCUUAUUUUUGUAGAAUCUAAGUUAAACCUACUAUUUAUAAUGAAUAGGUAACCACUAACAAUGUAUAUAUGAAGUAUAAAUAUGUUUAUAACCUGUAUAUAAGGCUUAGUUCACCGGUUCCCAGCAUACUCUUAAUCCAAGGUUGUAGAUAUCUUUUCUUUUGAUUUCUCUUUUUACUAAAUAAUCAAGAGUUGCUAUAAUAAAGUAGGGGAAUAAUACAGUUGAGUGAAUUAUUCUAGUAUUCUUCUACAAUGAAUGUUUCUACCCUCUUGCAGUAGUAUGAUAUCAGACAUCUAAAGUAUUUGUAAGCAUUUUUCUGGAGUUGAACAGGUAAUGUAGAAUAUGAGCUGUAAAAAAGACCAAGACAUUUUGUUUUGAAAACACAUUGUGAUACGCAGCUACCUAGUAAUAAAGCCCAGAUCAUAAAUUCAGAAGCCAAAAGGAACGGAUUCUGUCAAACUGAUCAGAGAUUUUUUUAAUUUAUAAAUUGAUAUAAAUAAAAAUCAUAGCUUGUUGCAACCUUAUGCUUUACUAUAUCAAGAAAAUUUUUCCUCCAUAUAGAUAAUAUGUAUAUACUCCUGUAGAAAAACCAUAAAUGCAAUAGUAAAGUGAUAUACCUAGGGCACAACUAAGAAUUUCAGAAAAGAAAAUUAGAACCUGCAUAAUAAUUAAUGCUCAGUGACCUGCUAACUGAGUCUCAUUUCCAGGUCUUUGUGACAGUCACUGUCCUACUGAUGAACCACCCAAUCAGAACCUCCGUGCAUUUGGGAACUUACUCAGUAACUGCCACACCUUCUGUGUUACCUGCCCCCCUGGCAUACCACUCCCAGCCCUGUCCUGACCACUGCUGCAUUAGCCUCACACCUGUACCCUGGCUUAUAACAGGGUUCUUCUUAAUUGUAUAAAAUCCCAUCUCAUCUCAGAGCAACAAAACUUCGACUUCAUAUCUCCCUGGUAUUCUGUAGGGUGAACUGUCAUCAGCACAUCCUUUCCAGUGUUUAAUUCCCACAAUAGUGUUCUGUUCCCCCAAAUCUUGGUCAUGCUGCCCCAUCAGCACGUUUCUCUCUAUUCCAUGCUGACUUCAUCUCCGCAGUGGAAAGUGGCUCUCAUGCAGGAUAGAUCAUUGAUGAAGGCAUGAACAGAGAGACCCCACAGAGAAUAGGAACAUGCAUCAUGAAUGUGACCAGGUCUAGAAGGUUCACAACGCUGAAGAAUAUAAACCACAGAAAUGUUGGAUUAUCCAGUAGUGUCAUUGUAGUUUUUCUGUAGGAAAAGACUGGAAUGCCCCCCUGCUACUUGAUUCCUACACGAGAGGGGUGUGCAAAAUACAGGAAAUGAGGACGUACAUAAAUAGAAAAUUCUGAAUCAAGAUGUCUGUCAUUAAUAAGUAACAGAGUGCCAGGCACUGAAUUUUCACAGCAUUCAUGAAUCUGCAGAGAACACCCUAAACCCUCAUGCCCUUCAGACUGUCUUUGUUGUUUUUAAUGUGAAGUGUCAGGUACAAAAAUGGAGCAAAUUUUGCCUCCUGCACCCAGUCAGAUAGAAAGUGUAAGGGAGGAUGUCCUUGAACUUGCUUUUUGUCACAGACUGAUGGAAAGAUUCUGCUCUGUGGUCCUGAGGGGGAGUGAUCUGGGUCAUCCAAAGAACAGAAGCAGCGUCCCUUCAGGGGACAGCGGGGAAGUGGGAGGCAGGCCAGGGCAGUGUUCACGAUGGUACCCACUCACUGGUUGAAAGUGAGAGUAUAUAGAAUGGAGUUGAAAGUGAAUACUGGAGACAAGAGUUCUGAGUAGAGUAUCAGCUCUUGGGCAGGACCCAGCUCUUGGGCAGAAGUUUUCUAGAUUGCAUUGAUAACCUUGCAAAGUGCCCACCGCUGCAGCAGAAAUCAUUAUUGCAGUUGUCAACCCUCCUGGCCUCCAGACCAGCAACUUUAAAGUGUCCCCUUGGGGACAGCUGCCAGAGCUGGGGUUGUAGUACCUGUGGGAGGUACUGACACACUGUAGCAAAGUCAAGGUUGAAUGCAAAGGUAGGGUCUCCUUGCCUACAUUCUCCUCUAGCUUCAGCAGUGGUGGUCCUCCAGCUCCAGCAGUGGUGCAGGACAGGCCGAUGCAGUGGUGCAGGGUAAACCAGACACAUGCAGUGAGGCUGAUUCAGUAAGGCAUGAGGAGUCCAUCUCCUCUAGCUAAAAGAGGUGUGCAAAAAGCCAUCCUCACACUCUGGCUCCAGGAAAGCACAAAAAGGUGCCAGUAGUGCCUCAGUUCCUGGAGAAAGUUCCUGCACACCCUUUCUCUCCUGGUAAGUGCUUUAAGGUUUGAUGAGUAUCCUUUAUGUAAGACUCGGAUGCUUUUCAUAUUGCACCUUUGUACUGGGUCCCAGUUGAGUCUGCAUGCUUGUCUGUUAAAGUCAGAUCCUGUGACCCACACUGCCUCUUGGUCUCCUGUGUGCAAGCCCCUGUGGUUUUUAAAGCUAGGUGUUUGGGGAGGAUCUGUUCCUCUGGUGCAGGUGUGGGGUUCCUCUGGUCGAGUAUGGUGUGGAACAUGAACCCCUAAGUCCUUAGGGAGAGAGAUUGGAGAGAUUAGGAGAGAGAUUGCAUUGGUAAAAACCUUGCAAAGUGCCUGCCGUUACAGCAGAAAUCAUUAUUGCAGUUGUCAACCCUCCUGGCCUAUCAUCUUUCUGAAAAGAUGAUGCAUGCAAGCCCUUUAGGUGAAGCAAAAGGUAUUAUUUUUUGCUGAAGAUAAUUUCCCAGACAUCUCACUUAUCUAUUAGGUGUUGUCAGACAACCUCAGCUUUCUAAAGUACAGUAAGGAACCCAGAAGUAAAUGAAAAUGCUUUUAAGUGUUUUUCCCAACCUGGCAAUAAAUCACACUUAGUAAAAUAUAAGUCCCCUCUUUGCCUUACUCAGACAUACGCAUACUUACUUUACCCACAUUUCUAAAAAAUGUCUCUGCUUUCCCCAUCCACAGAAAAGAAAGGAGAGUAUUGCUACCCAAGAGUUUUUAAAUUUUGUGUUAGCACAGUUUUCAUGCUACAACUUUUGGUGGCUCAUGUUCAAAAAAUGUUUCAGUGCAUGUUGACAACAAUUAGCAUUCAAUCCCUUAGGCAGCUGGUGUGAUCCUGUGCAAGCACCCCGAGUUCCUGCACCCGCCCUGGCCUCCCAUGUCACUUAAAGUCUGAGAAAACCAGUUUGCUGCCUGCCCACCCUGUUGUGUACUUGAAAGGAAAAAUGAUCGCAUCCUCCAAGAACAUGACAACUUCUCUCAUUGCUAGCAAGUUUUAUCUAUUCUAAGUCAAAUGGCAGGACAUACUCAGGUCAAUAUGAUUGUAAAAGUAUGAAUACUUGUGGAAAAAAUAUUUGCUUGGUGACCUGUGUGGGGUUAGUGAAUCCAAGGCACUCUGCCACCCUCAUUGAGAACUGUGGGUUAGCUGCUAGUAAGAACAUAGAGACAGAAAAAAAGAAAAAGAACCACCUCCAGAGCUCUCAUUGGCAGGAGCAAAUAGACCCCCAGGCCAGCACAGUAUUUCUUUUUUAUUAUUUCAACAAUUUUCAUAAUAACAUUAAUCAUUUUAAUAUGUUCUAAAUAAGAGAAUGGGGAAAAUUAAGAUG